GAGGGAGUUAUAACUAGAACUAUAAGGAGUGGUAUAUAUGCCAGGGAAUAAAUACAACGGUGAUUCAAAUCAUAUACCAGGUCGUGUAGAGAGGUUAUUAAGAGAGAGUUAAGGAAAAGUGGAAAUAGAGGAAUUCAAUCCAACAAUGAACAGUUGUUGGGUGAUGAAUAUUUGGAGCAGGAGGAUCACAAUGUUGAGAAGAUACCCGUAAAAGAUGGAAAUAGAGUUGGGAGGCAAGAAAAUGAUGAUCAUGGAAAAUAUAGACAGAGACUUUUGGUUGUGGCAAACAGGUUGCCCGUGUCGGCAAUAAGGAAAGGUGAAGAUUCUUGGUCUUUGGAGAUCAGUGCAGGUGGCCUAGUUAGUGCUCUCUUAGAUCAUACACACUUAAGAAGAUGGGAGUACUUUCCAAUAAGAUUGAUAGGAAACAAUUGAAACCAGGAGAUCAGAUCUACUCUUGGAGGCAGGCUUACCUCUAUGCACAUCAUGGAAUAUAUGUUGGUGAGGGAAUGGUAAUCCACUUCACAACUGGAAGAGGACAACAAAAUGGAACACCAGCUAUUUUCGACGGUCUUUUUACAAGUUCAGCUCCCUCUUUUGAUACCGACAUUCCAUGCCUCAGAUGCGGUGAUUGCCGUGAAAUAAGGACCAAUGGUGUCAUCUCAUCUUGCUUAGAUUGUUUUCUUUCUGGAGGUGAACUAUACCUCUUUGAGUAUGGUGUCAAUAUAAUUCAAUUUCUAGCCCAAGCUAGAGGAGGCACCUGCACCCUUGCUUCUUCAGAUCCGACGGAUGAAGUCCUUUCCCGCACUUUUUAUCUUCUUGAAAAUGGAUUUGGUGACUACCAUUUCUUCAAGAAUAACUGUGAGGAUUUUGCAAUUUAUUGCAAAACAGGUCUCCUUGUAACCCCAAACAUCAGUGUAGCCGGCGGAAGUGGCCAAGCAGCAACUUACUCGGCGGCUGUCAAUUCCAUAGCUGCUUUUUCACGUCGAUUUGUAACAUCAAAAUUUACCUCAAGUUUUUAUGGUAUGACAUUGGUUAGCUGUGGAACGUACUGCUAUAAAAGAUUGGUUUCUGAUAUUGGAUUUCGCAAUGGGGUAACUAAAGUUCCUCUGGAAAAAAUACCAGAGAUGGCCAAGGCAGAAAACUAGUGUGGUUGCACAAAAACUCUUCUGUUGAAUGUCUAUGUUUGAAAGUGUCAUUUGCAGCUAAAGUUUCCAGUAACAGUUUGUGUGCUUAACAAACCAAUUAGCUUGUUUGUAAGCAAUUUUAAGAGGUUUUUCAAAAGCCAUUUUAGUACAAUGCAAGUAAAGCUUGUUUUGGUGGACUUUUUUUAUGGACAAGCAAUUUUUCUUUUUGUGUUCAAAUAUCAGUCAUGCUAUUGCCAGAU